CAUCCUUUAUAAAUAGCCAGGCCGUUGAACCUCAAAGUCUACCCCCAAGCUCCACAGAUCUUAACUAUCUAUCUGCUUUAGGGUUUUCAUCAUAUCUAGUAACUCAACUGCAUUACUUGUUCUCUAAGAAAACUGCUUUUGUUUUUAGUAAUGGAGAAUGUGAGAGAGUUGGCUUCAGAGAAGGCUGCUGUGAUCUUCACAAAGAGCUCCUGCUGUAUAUGCCACAGCGUAAAGACGCUUUUCUACGAGCUCGGUGCAAGUCCGGCGAUUCACGAGCUCGACCGAUGCGCCAAUGGGAGGGACAUGGAGUGUGCAUUGAGAAACCUCGGAUGCAAUCCUGCUCUUCCUGCUGUGUUCAUAGGUGGGAAAUAUGUUGGCUCGUCGAAAGAUAUCAUAUCCUACCAUGUGGAUGGAUCUCUAAAGAAAAUGCUGAAGGAUGCACAAGCAAUCUGGUUCUAGCUAGCUAGGGUUUCAGCUAGCUAGUAGCUACAUAUUAUCACACUGGAAGCUUAAGCUUGCUAUGCUAUAAUGUUUUGUUAAUUAGAUCCAGUAAAAAGAAUCGCAACACCAUGCUUAAAGAAAAUGAGUAUUGAGGUUUAAUUUUCUUUCUUCUACUCUGUAUGUAAUUUAACUUUCCUGGCUACUUUCUAUAUGUAUAUAUGAAUUGAAGUCAGAUCAUAUGAAAAGUAUCCUGGAGAGUUCUGAAAGUGUUCUCUAUAUAAGCAUCUUCUACUAAUUAUUAUUAUAAGUAAUUGCGUACUGCUUUAUAUUUCCCUAUCUGCCAAAUCAGCAAUGGAUCGAACUGCGACCAUUGACUUAUAUAAAAUUUGAAAGAGAACCACUUUUUGCACUACAAAAUAUAUAG